AUGGCUGAAUCCAGUGGCAAUGUGAUUAUAUCUGGCAAAGAUUUGUUGGGAAAAUUGAUCAGUGGUGCAGAAAGCCAACAAUCUUCUUCUUCCCCUGAACGUAUUCAGGCUGAAAACACUGUGAGAGAAAUGAAUAAACCAUUACAAUAUCAUGAUGAACCAAUUGAGAUCCAAUAUUCCUUAUAUUGGAAAUCAUAA